AUUCGCUUGAAGCACGGAAUUUCGUUGACACAUGACUGAAGAUCUUCCUUGUUGCCAUGGACCAAACUUUAGUCAUCGCAACGUAUGGAAAGAUCGGUUCUGAUCUGAAGGCUUUGAACAAUACCAGCUGGAUUGCCACGUCAUACUUCUUGACCCUCACGACUUUCCAACCCCUCUACGGGAAACUGAGUGAUAUUUUUGGCAGGAAAGAGUGCCUGCUAUUUGCUUACACUGUCUUCGGCCUGGGAUGUCUCGGCUGUGGACUUUCUCAAGAUAUCACUCAAUUAUGCGUUUCGAGAGCCGUCGCUGGCAUGGGCGGAGGUGGCAUGAAUGCUGUUGUCUCUAUCUUGAUGACAGACCUGGUUUCUUUACGAGACCGCGGUGUCUGGCAAGGUUAUAUCAACGUCGUCUUCGCAGCCGGAAUCGCGAGCGGUGCUCCGCUGGGUGGUUUGAUGGCUGACUCAAUUGGCUGGCGCUGGGCAUUCAUUGGUCAAUUUCCCAUCGCAAUUAUCGCAUGGUCUGCGGUGUUUUUCGUGCUCGACCUGCCCAAGACUGAUCAUUCACAUUGGAUCGAGAAGUUCAAGCGCAUCGAUUUCCCUGGAGCCAUCACUCUCAGCGCUGCGGUGUUCUUGCUGGCUUUCGGUCUGGACAAUGGCAGCAACGAGGGCUGGAGCACAACUGAAACCAUUGUCCCGCUUGCUUUGACCCCGGUACUCCUCGUGGGUUUCAUUUUGAUCGAGAACAAGAUCGCCUCGCACCCUUUCGCGCCAGGUCACGUUAUUUUGGACCCGCCCGUAUUGGCGGCUUACGGGGCCAAUUUCUUUGGUGUUGCAGCGCAGAUGGGAUCAUGGUUUUUCGUGGCACUCUUCUACCAGGGUGCUCUGGGUCUCACGGCAUCUCAGUCCGGGUUGAUGUUCCUCCCGGGCACCGUAACCGGUCUGAUUGGAUCGCUCGGAGGGGGUUUCGUUAUGAAGAGGACUGGCAAGUACUAUUGGUUGACGCUUGCUGGCUACGCCAUCGUGCUCCUCAGUCUGGUAUUGAUAGCGCUGUUCUCAGGGGUGGUCGAGAAAUCCCUUGUGGGUGUACUGGUGGCUAUGGUCCUCCUCGCGUUUGGGGCGUCAAUAUCGAUUACGACAACGCUUAUUGCAGUCAUCUCGAACACCGCUCCUGAGGACAUGGCGGUGGCUGUAGCUUGCUCAUACCUGUUCCGCUCCCUUGGUACGACUAUCGGUAUCAGCAUCUCGACAGCUGUUUUACAGCAAGUUCUGAGGACAGAACUUGCGGUUCGCCUUAGCGACAGUCGAGCGGAUGAGAUAGCUGAGCGCGUCAGGGAGUCCCUCGACUACAUCCGAGAAUUGCCCAUUGACGUGGCAAAUGUUGUUCGGGACUGCUAUGCGACUGCGACCUCUUGGGCUUGUCUGCCGGUCAUAAUCAUGAUCAUUCUUUGCCUGAUCUCAAGCGCAUUUAUCCGUGAGAAGAAACUGGAAAGGUAAGAUAUGAUUCUGUGCAGAUACAAGCAGCAUGCAACUGGGUUUACGGGUGUGUCACGUGGCAUAUUUUCGCAGUCCCUGGCGAUCGAAGGUGGUACGGUGCCGAGACUGAUUGUUGUAAGACCAAAAGGAAAAAUUGCUGCUAAGAGGAGCAUAUUGAGAGAACAAUACCAUGUAAACUUCUAGAAAUAGAGCAGUCUAUGCUUUUGGUUCGGGUAGGAUGUGGUGACAUAUCCAAUAAGGAUUUGCGGAUAACUCGCCUAAUCGAUAGAAUUACUACUUUCAUGUGCCGCUCGACAACA